UGUAUGACAAUUUUCUAACCCCCACAUUUGUUUACUAGUUGUUUUUCAAUGUCCUGAAACAUUUAACUACAAAAUGUUUCAAGCAGUUUUAAAGCGCUGUUUACUUCCGUCAAAUUUGAAAGCAUUUAGAGUAGUCCGCUCUGCUACUAUAAGAAGAAUUCAUGUUACUCCAGCUUUAAAACACGGUGAAUACGAGUGGCAGGAUCCUAAGUCAGAGGAAGAGGUUGUAAAUAUUGUAUAUGUAACUAAGGACGGCAAAAAACACCCAAUUAGAGGCAAGGUCGGUGACAACGUGUUGUAUUUGGCUCAUAGAUAUGGCAUCGAAAUGGAAGGUGCAUGUGAAGCAUCACUAGCAUGUACAACCUGUCAUGUAUAUGUCCAUGAGAACUAUCUGGACCACCUACCUCCUUCCGAAGAGAAGGAAGAUGAUUUACUUGAUAUGGCGCCAUUCUUGAAAGAGAAUUCUAGAUUAGGUUGUCAAAUUACACUAACCAAAGACCUAGAAGGCAUGGAAGUACAACUACCAAAAGCAACAAGGAACUUCUAUGUAGACGGACAUAAGCCCACACCUCAUUGAGUCAAUGUGCGAACAGAAUUUAGGUACAGAAUUUAAUAGAGUCCGUCUUAGCUGACUGCAUCGACCUGGCAAGCAACAAAGUGUUGAAGCACUAACAUAAACAUCAAACUCCUAAACUUUUGUGAGACAGAGAUAUUAAAUAUAUUAAAAACGGGUCACUCAUGUAUUUUAACCCCUUACUGCAUGUAACAAAAAAUAUUUGUUUAAAUUUGAACUUAAAUAGUCAAUAGAGUUGAAUAUCAUAUCCGCCUUAAUAUGGCUUCAUAUGCGGUAAAGGUUUAAGUCGAAAAUCGCUCGACAUGUUUGACUCCGCAAGUCCGCACUGAGGAGCCAACGCGAGCUCCCGAUGAUUCCAUUCGGUACGGAGUGAAACAUGUCAAGCGAUUUUUUAUUUAAAAUAAGUGAGUGAAUCGUUUUUAAUAUAUUUAGCAUGUUGUUUAUAGUUGCAUUGCUACACUUUGGUGCUGCUAAGUUUGUGUACAGUUCGAUUAGAUAAAGUAAGGAUGCUAAGCACGAAGAAUUUUGUACAUAGACCCGGAUGUCCUAAUAUCUCUCUAUCGUACGCGCCGCCUGCCGGCAUUAUGGGCGGCAGCGAUGUAAUUAGUAGAGAUGCAACGAACGUACGAUGCACUAUUCGGCCGAAUACCGAAUAGUACGUUAACACGUAGAUACCGGCAAACGACGGGUAAAAAAAGUAACAAACUACAAGUAAUCAAUAGGUAAAUCUUUCAGACUACCUUUAUUUAUAUUCAUAGAUAGUACAAAAUCAUGAGAAAAAUAUUACAAAAUAUUUUUUUUACACAGACGACGAAAUCUAACGCAUCGCAAUGUCCGCAAUUCAAUACGCACUGCGCGCAGAAUAAGCGCAAUUUCUAUCAAAGACUGCUAACUUACAGCGAUAAAUAAGUUGCAACUUGUACAGCGCACGCACGCGCGCGUUUGAAUACUUUGAAUUUACUUCAUUUUAGGUAAAACUUCUAGCCGAAUAUACUGCUAUUCGGCUGAUGGCUCCGCCGAAUAUUCGGUAUUUGACCAAGCCACUAUUCACUAUCUCUUAAUAAUUAGACGCGUGCGGUAAAGAUAAGUCCAGGUGGGCCAUUGUGCGAAAGUCUUCGUGAGUGAGUAGCGUCGUUACUUUCUUUAGUGAUGUCAAUAUACGGCAAGGAAAACCUUUCAAACUGUCAAAUAAGUAAUUUGCCACUGGCAGAAGUCACUGUUAUGCACAUAACGAAUAUUAAAUAAGCAUAGUUAUACAUAUUUUGAGUACAAAUAGUUGAAAUAGUAAUUAUUUGACACAUUCAUAAUUAAGUACUUACUUACUUUUUGUGCGUCAUUGAAAUAAGAAAUAUGUUAUAUCAUAUUGUAAGAAAAAACAACAUUUUUGGAUCUUGUAAUUUGUUGUCUAUGUACUAUUUGUAAUCGACUCAUACACACACGGUGUUUUUGAAAAGUCCGUUAAUUUCAAGGGUGCAUUCCUGAGCUUAAUAGUACAUUUCGAUGCUAGUGCGGAAAGUAUGUCAUUACUUCUUGAAAAAAUGACAUUUCCGCACGUGUAUCGAAUGACGUUUUUUAAUACAGUUGCGAAAAAAUAAGAAAAACAACAAGUAUAUUUUUAUGCAUGUUCUAUAAGACUGACACAAUUGUAAAUAUAAAACAUUCUACUAUUAUUAUUAUUACCUAAGUAUCGUUAUUUGCGAUUAUUUGUGUAUAUUGUGCAUUUAAAUUGUAUAAAAACAAUAUCGAAUAUUGCCAUUGGAAACUUAAAACAUGCUUGCAGUAAGAAAAACCGGCUCUUCUUCGUUUUGGCAGCUAUUCCGUUCCAUUCAGACAACUUAUUAAGAACGGUUUUUGAAUAUUCAAUAUUAAAAAACCGGCCAAGAGCAUGUCGGGCCACGCUCAGUGUAGGGUUCCGUAGUUACUCUUCCGUCACAAUAAGCUAAACUGGAGCUUAAAGUAUAGUAAAUUGUUAACCAAGGGAUGAAACGGUACCUUUCACCCGAGUUAAACAAAUAGGCAAAUUUACAUAAUCAGUACCUAAUUAAAGUAAGUCUUUUUACUAUGAAGGGAAAACUUUUUGCGAUAACUCAAAAACAGCUAAACUGAUCAUGUCCGCUAUAGUUUUCAUUUAAUGUCUUUCUUAAGCUCUACUUCCACAUUUUUUUUUUCUUUCAGAGCGAUUAUCUCCGAAUGUAUUCACUUUAUCAAAAAAUGUUUCUUGAAAACCCCUAUUAGUUUUGAAAGACCAUUCCAACGAUACCCCACACUCUAGGGUUGAAACGAAAAAAAAAAUUCACCCCCACUUUACGUGUAGGGGAGGUACCCUAAAAAAAAUUAAAUUUUUAGAUUUUAUUGUACGACUUUGUCGGCUUUAUUGAUUUAUAUAUCCAUGCCAAAUUUCAGCUUUCUAGCACUAACGACCACGGAGCAAAGCCUCGGACAGACAGACAGACAGACAGACGGACAUGGCGAAACUAUAAGGGUUCCGUUUUAUGCCAUUUGGCUACGGAACCCUAAAAACUUGUUAUGAAGAGGUAAGUUAUAAAAUGUCAAAUAUGUAUAUUUUUAUUAUUCUUACUUAGGUUUUUAUGUUAAUUACGACGUUUAAAGGAAACUAACUAGUCAUGAAUUGGAACAAGUAUAAAUUAAAAAAAUUGAAAAGCACUAGUUCGCGAAAACCAACUUUCCGCAGCUUAACAGCUACGUACGUAGAGUAGCACUUAUUGAGCAACUGUAUUAAAAAAUAAGUAACAUCCUCAAAGAAACCGGUACUGUAAGGGAUAAUCAAUGAUUUAUUUUUAUCUGAAAAGACCCCUAUGAGCUUGUACACUUGCCUUAGCGCCGGUUUACAUUUACAUAUUAAUUAGUAUGAGUUUAUACAUUUGCUACUAAACCCAAGUACUAUCUAGGACGAUCGAUAUACGAAAUGUCAUCAUAAUCAAAAACUAUGCCAUUCACUUUCCUUAAAUGUACUUGUUUAGCCAUACCCCGAAGUUAACGGAGUUUUAAAAAAAACCGUGUAUUAUGUACUUUAGACUUCAAACAUUAUAUAUACAUUUUCCAUUAAUUGCAAUGGAAUUAGAUCCAAAAGAAUAUAUCAGGUAAGUAUUUUUACUACGUUCUGUAAAAGUGCUUUGGCAAAGUCAUUUAUGUUGCUUAACACCUUCACUGAGGCAAUUACUGUAACUCGUAAUUAAGCAUACCUACUUGGCAUGGGGUCUUUGGUCCCAUACUGCAGUGAAUAUCUUAAAGAAUUACAUGGAAUUUAAGAUGUUCUUUUGUUGUUGAUAAUUAUGUAAGUAGACUUGUACAGAGUAAGGUAGUAAAUAAAAGGAUUUUAAUUGUUUUAAAUACUUUUUA